GGAGUUUCGAUCUCCAUAGCUGUUCGGCGUCGCAAUCCAGUUUUGUCACCCCCUGGACAUUCUAUCAAGCAUAUAGCUUAUUUGGAUUCUCGGUCUACGGGACUUUGCACACUUUGCGUCUAUAUUUGCCGCUAUCCGUGGUCUGAUCCUCUCGUUUCUCCUUGGUAAUUUUGUGCCGGCAUUGACAAAAGCCAAUGCGGGUCUUCAGCUCACAGAAUGAACUCCAAAUUUUCCAAGUCUGAGAAGACUAAACUGAAAUUCGCCCAAUCAAAUAUCAACCAUGUUUACCGAGGGAAUGCAGCUGAAACCCAGCACAAACCGGCCGUUCGGCAAUACGGAAUGCAAGUUGUUGGCAAACUGCAGGGUACUCGACGUCUUCCACCACCGGCUUGGGUUCCUAGUCUUAAAGCAGAAUCCGGCGGAGUCGAUGGUCGCGUCACUCUCGUUCCCCCGGGUGGGAGUGGGUGGGGUGCAACUUCGACUGAGUCCAUGCCAACCUCCAGUGAGAAUGUAUCCACGGAAACGGUCGGUCCUCCUAUCACGAGCACUCUUCCCGCCCUGAACGGCUCCCUCAGUCGUGAUGCAAUCGAAACCAUUUUUGAACCCGCUUAUGCACGGUCAAAAUUCGAGUCAUCAACCGCGGAAUUGACGACCACAGGAUCCGGUGCUAUAAAGUCUCGCGAUGCCAGGGACCUCUCAUCGGAUGGAAGAACUGCUCAGGUUGACGGGCUGUCAGAGCAUUUGGCUACUAAAGUGUCUUUAGGAAUCGACUCUGGAUCUGAAAUUCCAAUGAAGUCACCUGCUUGGCCUCCGAAAACGUCGGUCACUGUGGCUAGUGGGGGUCUUGCGGCCAACAAACCCUUCUUUCAACGCCCCACUACGCUCACAACUUCAGCAUCUGUUUCUGUGACUCAAAGUGAUCUUCCACCUCCUCCGGUAUCCAAGAAGGUAGGCGCCUGCGAGGUUGUCGGGGAACCAACUGGUUGGGUUGCCCUUAGCAACCAGGAAAUUAAUUUUGAUGAGCGGAUUCUUUUCAGCGAUGAGGAGGAUGGUCAAGAAAACAUUGUAGAAGCUGGUGGGACAAUUUCUAGCGCCAAUUCAAUGGUCCAGUCCGAUUACCCUGCACCAACAUCUCAGUCACCUGCUUCCCUCGAUAAGGCAACUGUUCAGUCGAUGGCUGUUAGUCUGCCUAAGGCAGACUGCGUUGCUCCCUUAGAUGUACCAUCUACAAACCACAGCACGUCCGAUAUCUGGUCUGCUCCCGGUGGCCCCAUGGAGUUCGGUUUAUCCUCCCACUCAUCGAAUCAACAUCUCAUGGCACAAAUGUCAGAAGCCUCACUUCUCCCUGUCGGCUCGACGGAAAGGACUUUGCUAGACAAUCUAUAUUUACCGCAUACCACACUGUCGCAUACUUUCAACCCAGCAUUCAACGAACACUAUUUUCUUAACAAUAUGUCACCAAAGUCGAUAAUACCGUCCGCAUCCGUUGGGUUUACUGAUUCCACAUUGCCAUCAAUCGAUAUGGAUACAGAAAUUCAACACGCUCAACGUCAGGCGCGCACUCAGGAAUUCAGGUCAGCAGUGGAAAGAGCCCAACAGGCUCGGAUUGCCCAGCAAAAAGCGAUCUCUCGUAGCUCCGGCGACUCGUCACAUCAGCGCUCGGUUGUGGACGUCAUACGUGAAACUUCGGGGAGUCCUACUUCUCUGCAACCACAUUUGGCACCUCCGAAAUUUGCGGAUAGCGUACUUUUCCCAGCGAAUCGGCUUUCCUCACACCCAUUUGUGGGAAACGCAAUGCAAUCUCAACCGUUUUGCCCCUCUUCUCAUAUCCAGGCCACGAACCAACAUCGCCCCGACUUGGCUGCUGCUGUAGCGGCAGCUACCGCAGUUGCGGUGGCGUGUAACGGGAAUAGUGGUCCAUCUCCUGUGAGAUCCGCUGGGGCUAUGCUGCCCCCUAGCUUUGUCAGCGCAUCCCAGCCUUAUCAACCGUUUUCAGCGGCCCUUCACUCUGCUACCGCAGGUUUGUGUGAUGACUGGUCAAGUCCGUUUCCGUCAGCACCUGCUUCUUCCAUUGAUCUACGUGGCACUCAUUCGUCUACCAUACCUCAGGUUCUUCAUAACACUCUAACUACUGGUUGUCCACGAGGCGUUUCACCUAGAGCGAAUACAGUUUUUCUCAAUCCGGAUUACCUUGUUGAGAAAUUCCUUGAGAUACUGAACCGUCAGCAAGGAGUGCAGCAUUCAUCGGAUGUGCUGACCAAUUCAUCCAUCACGGACACUCCAGCGAACACUACCUUUCCCUCCACGAUGCAUGAUCGGGUUAGCAUUCAACAGCCAGCUGAUCGAGGUGCCAGUCAUGUGGAUGCUAGAUUCGCCUGUACGCCUUGCAACUCCGAUGAAUUCAACUCGAGUGGUUUAAAUGAGUCGGUCUCUAAAACGGACUCCCUUCAUUCUUCCACAAUCAUUUCUACUGCUCAACCAGACAUUCAGUGCGCACCAUCUGUUACCCAUACUUCACCAGACCAUGUAGAAACUAAACCGGAAGGAAAACGCGUACCUGGACUGAUGGAAGUAAAGGUUUCAACUACCUCGCUUGAUCUUGCUCACCUCUGGGAACAAAAUGACGGUGCAGCUUCAACAAUUGGCCGUGGGCCUCGGGGUUCAUCUAAACUGUUCUCAAAUAAAAUUAAACCACAUGGCAGAGGAAGGCGCUCCGUCGUGUUUUCCAGCGGCGCUGCAGUCUCAGUUAACGUUAACGCGCGAACUGCUCACUCUCAUAGAGCUUCUGCUAGCCCGUCAACUCAUGUCCGACAGGGCACGAAUGUCCGUGAUGUGGAGACUCGUGAGGAGAUGAGUGUUCCUGAUCAACGACGUAUUACUUCUGGUAGGGAUGACCGCCGUUAUUCCUCGACUCAAAAGUUUCGUCAUGCUGCCGGUUCCGGAUAUACCAGACAGCGGGACCACUUCCAUGAGAAUCGCUUCAGUGACGGGGAGCAGACUGCGUUGACUGCUGAUGGUUUUCGCACCCAUCGACGACAAUCAGACGUUCAUUCGAGUCGAGACAAUACAAGUCCACGUCUCGUGUCCAAAACUCACGGUCGCGAGUUGAAUACUGAUCAUGCCGAACGGAAACCAGAUGGUCAUUCUCUGGACGACAUGGGAGAAUCUACUGAGCCGACUUCAUUGAGAUCGGCCACAGCGACUAAACCAGUCGAAAACGCAUCAAUUAGCUAUGAUGACCCGGAUAUACCAACUGUCCGAGUGCCUGCGUCAGCCGCGGGUUUCCGAUUUGGUCGUGAAUUUACUUACACUCGCGGUUCACGGACUACUUUCUCACGUGGGAGUAGUUCUUGGAGGACUUCCGGGAGAUCGCUCAUUGCACUAAGUGAGGACAAAUAUUUUUCUGGAUCACAUGGUCAAUUUUCAAAAAAAUAUCGUGGACAGCGGGGCCAAUAUCGAGGUGACAAAAGUGGUGUGAGCGCCGCAUCUUUUGAUGCAAUUGACCGUCCGAACACUGCGAAUAGUGUGUCGACUGCGAUUGAUGGGUACUAUAACUCCGGCGACGAUCCAAAAGGCCGUAAUGAUCGCAAAUCUGUUCCCUGUGACAGUCGUUUACGGAAUGGGUAUACAACAUCAAGGGUUACCGUUCAAACGGCAGAGGACACUGUUGCUGCUUCGUCCUCCACCGCGGCCAGCUCCAACCGCAGUGGCUUUCACUUUCCUUCAGAUAAAAGAGACGCACGAACUGCUCACUCUCAUAGAGCUUCUGCUAGCCCGUCAACUCAUGUCCGACAGGGCACGAAUGUCCGUGAUGUGGAGACUCGUGAGGAGAUGAGUGUUCCUGACCAGCGACACAUUACUUCUGGUAGGGAUGAUCGCCGUUAUUCCUCGACUCAAAAGUUUCGUCAUGCUGCCGGUUCUGGAUAUUCUAGGCAGCGCGACUACUUCCAUGAGAAUCGCUUCAGUGACGGGGAGCAGACUGCGUUGACUGCUGAUGGUUUUCGCACCCAUCGACGACAAUCAGACGUUCAUUCGAGUCGAGACAAUACAAAUCUACGUCUCGUGUCCAAAACUCACGGUCGCGAGUUGAAUACUGAUCAUGCUGAACGGAAACCAGAUGGUCAUUCUCUGGACGACAUGAGAGAAUCUACUGAGCCGACUUCAUUGCGUGGACGCGGCGCUUCUGGGUUCCAUUCCCAAUUCUCUUCCCGUGGUGUACGCGUCUCUUUUUCUCGUGGUGGUGGUUCUUGGAAAUCUGGGAAGUCGCUCUCAUUACAGCAAGAAAGCAAGCGUUCUUCUGGUUCGCAUGCCCAAAUUUCGCGCCGAUAUCGUGGGCAACGAGACAGAUAUGACGACGGGAAGGAUGAUGAAGGUGGUGCUGCUGCUGGCGGUGCUGGCCGCUCGAACACCGGCGGUGAAGGUUCCUCGGCUAGUGGUCCUGGUGGUGCAUGUGGAGUUGAUGGGCACAACAAUCUGAGUGGUAAUCAGAAGAGUGGAGGGAAUCGGGAAUCGGGCCCCACCAACAAUCAUCGAGGUGUAUUGACAGCAUCGGUCAGUACAGCAGCUCUAACGGAAGGCGCCAUCUCCCUGUCAUCUAAUGUAAUGACCGCCACCGAUCGCCGGCUUCAUUCGGAUAAAACCAUUCGCGAAAACUUAAGUGAGGCUAAUGAUGCAGAAGAUUGGGAAACAGCUUCUGAAGGUUCAGCGGGCUGUAGGAGUACCGACAGUGUUCCGUCUUCACGGACACCUUCAGCAUCUUUGGUUUGCUCCUCUAACGUCCUUACUGCUAGCUGUCUAAUAGCAGACGCUGCUCCACACACACCGCGGCCCUCACUUAUUCGUAACAACCUUCCCACUGGAGAUGUCAUUCUAGGUGAUCACUUGUGUUUCACUGCCGUUGAUGGCUGCGUAUCUGUCGUUUCGAAUACCGGCGAACCAGCUUCGUCAACUUUUGCAAUGUACACGGUUACGCACUCUUCGAGAGGAUUUCCGGGAACACGCAAAUUUACCAACAAUCGACGUGUUAACGGUUUUGGUGGAGGUAUUUACCCCCGCUCGUGUGUUCGAGAUCGAAGACAUAAAGAGCCUAGUUCACUAAUAUCCGGACAGGGUUCUAACAAUGGCCAGCGUUUUUUUCGAAUGAAUAGCAACCGCGAGCAUAAACACGACUCUGAUCGGCAUCGUUUGAAUUUCUCACAUAUCCCACCUCUUAUGUCCAUCAAACCACGAAGCCUCCUCACUCACGCCGAACGUAACCCCGAGUCCGUCACCGACAACAUUCUGGACUCCGUACGCACUGAAUCCGGGGCGCUCGAAUCCGUCGAAGGUGGUGCUUUCUGCGAUCACGAUGCUUCCGACGUUGACAGUGUACAUUCCGAUGGUUUCACAAAAGUCGUAUCGAAGGCGAGCAGAAAGCUCGCUCGAAAGCGCCUGCAGCACGAAUCCCCGUUGAACAAGUCCUUCCGAUUACAGUCUUCCUUGCCAACAGAUCCCAGCUCUUCUCGAACUUUCCACUUUACCAGCAGUUGCAAGUCUUCAGCAUUUUCGACUUCCGUAACACCCAAUCGGUUUAAGACGUCUUACAAACCGACUUUUAUGGGUCCUCCGCUAAGUGCGGUCAGUAGCAUGCCCACAGUCUCUUUUGGCACGAGUUGGGCCACAUCUAAUGAUUGUGGGCUAAGUGAAACGACGGAGAGCUGGAGUAGCAGGAUGCCGCUACAGUCCUCUGUUGAUCGUCCGCCGGGCGUUCAAACAUCCGGCAAUCGAACUUGGUCCAAAGUCGUCGGUAGCAAAUCUAAACCUGUCGACUCUGAGAACUCCCCGCAGGAUCUUCCAGCUCAUGCGUCUGAAUCCAAAUGGUCGGAACCCACGGCCAAGCCCACUACGAAUGCAGUUGCAACCGCGCCACAGAAUGUACUUCCAGUUAGCACUUGCUCUUCGAAUGCGUCCCCUGCAGCUUCGGUAUCACUUGCGGAUGCUUCCAAUUCGAGUGCAGUAGAGUACAGUUCAGUGCGGCGCCUAUGGUCUACGAGCUGCUUGGGGCAGAACGAGUUCCCUUUUAAUACUUCAGCUGAAUCCAUUAGUACUUCUGUACCAACUUCCUCCUCCACGAUUGUUCGUGUUACCACCUCUGGCGUGCUGGCUGAUUCGAAUACCACACGUACAAGUAGCUCCACAGUAGCUAAUAAUAUCUGUAAGGUUCGUCCACAACAACAACAAACUUCUCAGCCUAAUGUCUUGCAAAACAAGAUGCCCGUGGCCGCUCCGCUUGCUGUUUCCUUGACUGCCGAACAAGCCGCAGUAGCCACAACCAGUGUCUCCGAACGUGUCAUAUGUGAAGGUGAGGCAUUUGAUGCUGACUACGGAGCUGGCAUUUUACGAGGACCACAGCCGCAUUCCGCUUUGGACGUUAUUCCGGUCCAACCAGUUAACUUCAGUCCACCUUCAGCCCACACCUCUUGGGUCGAUAGUCUGACUCCUCAAGCUUCCUCGAAUUUCUAUGCCACCAGGAUAGGUACAGAAAAUCCCAUCACUGCGGGCGUGUGGCCCACGUCAGAUCCUGUACUCGAUACCAAUGCCGCUGGGAUCAUCCCACUUACAUGUGUUGGUCAGACUUUUAUCUCCACUACUGAGGCUGUACCAAAUGUUGGUCAUUCUUCAAACACAUCUACUUUCGUAGACCCUACCUGCAAACCAUCGCAUCCUGCUGCAUUGUUUCCUCGUAGUCAACCUUACGCUGUCCAACAUUAUCCACAAACUGCCGUUUCCGACUUCAGGGGAUCCUAUGACAGCACAUUCACUGGAGCUGCCAAACUUAUCUCUAGUGACACCGCACACUCGCAACCCGUCUUCUCCAACAUAGCUAGAUCUAUCUAUGUAUCUCCCGAUCAACGAUCGAAUAAUCAGUCUCAUUUUACCAGCUGGGGACUGCAACCCAGCCAACAUUCGCAAGUACCACAACAUCUUGCUCAACAACGCUAUCGGCCAGGCAUUUCGCAUCAACCGGACGCUUCAUUUGGUAGUUUCGCUUACCAACCAGAUUUACAAAAUGAGUUGACCUACUUACCUGCGGUCACUGGAUGUGUCCCGCCGAUGCCUUCCGGUGGUCUGUACUCGGCUAUUCAGGACCAAUCUCAAUCAGGUUAUCCCCAUGGAUCCGCCAGGCAUAGCGUUGACUCUACUGGUGCCAGCAGUUCUUGGUCCAUCUUUGGAAACCCUGUCGGUUCUUCCAAUCUCCAAACACCGAGUCGGGAUUUUUCAGGCUCUUCUACUCAUGCAACUACCGGAAAUGGGGGCGGUCUACUACCCCAUCCUUCCCUACUUACUGGAUAUGGUUCUAUUCCUUGCUCUGUCGCCUCAGGAUCCUCCUCGUCGUCGAACUUUUUGGCUCACCAAAAUUUUGUCGGAGUGAUCGGGGGCGGUCGCAUCAAUACCGACAUGCCAGAUACUCCUCUACGACCUCGAGGUCUAUCUCCGAACAUCUAUCCUACUCACAAUCUGUCUCAAUCUACACAAAGUCAACAGCAGUUCCAGGUUCAUUCUGCAUUUUACCCAUCUUUAUCGCCCUCUCAUCAGCGUAUCCAGUUGCAUCACUGCCGGACAAAUAUGCAUAAUUUGAUGAAUCCGCAAACCGGUCUGUACGCGGCAGCGUUUGGCGCACCUACGCAACCAGCCCAGCUUACGCCACCGCCGUUGCCAACGCGGGUUGCCUACCAAAAUAUGGCCAGUGAACCUUCAGUCGUCCCCCCAAUGUCCUUCCAUUCACAACUCCAGUCACAUUCUUUCCAAAAUGUGGCCUUGCAGCCUCGCGUGCAUGGUCCUAGGGCUCAUCAAUCCUCGGCUCCUCACCUCACCCGUAAUCUAGGUUCGAUAACGAAUCAUGCUACUUCGCCUAUGUUGAUUGCUGGUGCAGCGGGACCUACUGGAUUACCCGGUUAUGCUCAACCAUCUCCCUCACUGUCUGGAUAUCCGUUCAAGCCCGUACUACCGACGUUAUGAUUCUCUUCUCUCCUUUGUCCGAGUCCAGCAUGGCAGAGCUCUUCCGAGGCUCCACUUCCAACGUGCCACAACCGCACUUACUCGUUUUAGCUUAUUUUUACUGGGCUCCGCCUGCUCCCUCCUUUUCCUUAAUCUGUAGCGUUCGCGGAGUUUUCGGAACUAGGUCAACUGACCACCUACUUCAUUGAUUGGUGCCCGAUUUAAUUGGGGGUGGUUGCACUCCUAAUUUGACACCCUUCUGAAUAAAACCUCCAACUUGGACAAUUGCCUUUGUUGGCUCAUGCUACUCCCGUCUCGGACAUUGCCUUUUGAUUAAAUUAUCACUACGAUCUUGC